GAAGAUUUCUAAAUGUCAUAGUUCCAGCUGAAGAUAAAUAAACACGUUUAUCCUCAAAUUAUAUAAAACGCUAAUAAUCACAGUGUUUAUAAUGGAUGUGAAGCAAGAACUAGAAGAUGUUUUAAUUAAAGAGGAAACUUUUGAUUUCAAAGAACAUGAAAUCAAACAGGAAAACGACGCAUACUAUUUACAACAAACAUGUGAUAAUGUUAAAAUUAAAAUGAAUGAGAUGAUUUAUGACGAAGACCUAAAGUGUAAAUUGGAAACAGAUGAGAAUGGGAUGCACUCGGAUGAAACUAACUUUGGUAAUCAUUUUAAUGCUGGUUCGAGUAUAGGUCCAGUUAAUGAUCAGGCAAGAUUAUUAUUUAAAAUGAAUCGAACGUUAUUUACUGAAAAUCAAAUUGACUGUUUAAAGGAAGCAACUGUAUCUCGUCGGAAGCAUAACAAGUUUGAAGGUAUUUCCAUUUGUAAAUUAUGUGGAAACUUGUAUGUAAGAAAAUUUUACCUCUACCAUCACCAUUUUACUCAACAUCUUGUCAAGAAACCUCUUCGUAACAUAAUUCAGAAACAAAAGUUCAGAUUAAAACAAAAUGUAGUAAAAGAAUCUGUUCAAACAAUGAGUAUAUUAAAGAUGAAACAUGCAAAUAAAAAUAAAUUUCGUGUGGAUCGGUUGCAGGUUUUGUAUAAUCAAAUUAAAUCAUGUGCAACAAAAUCCAGAAGUGAUAUUCCUCCAAAAUCUUCUACAUCUUCCAGUUUAGUUGAAUACAAGAAUAUUUGCAUUGGCAGAAAAACAUUUGAAUGUAAUAUUUGUUCAAAAAGUUUCUUGCAGAAAUCUUAUUUGAGUAGACAUUUGCUAAUUCACACAGGAAAAAAGCCAUUCAAAUGUGACAUUUGUUUGAGAACUUUUACAUUUAAAAGUACUUUGAAUACUCAUUUACGUAGUCACACGGGGGAAAAACCAUUCAAAUGUGAUAUUUGUCCAAGAACUUUUUCACAUAAAAAUAGUUUAACCACACAUUUACGUUAUCAUACAGGGGAAAAGCCAUUUGAAUGUAACAUAUGCCUAAAACAGUUUUCAGAAAAAGUAAGUUUAACAAGACAUGUUCGUUGUCACACUGGGGAAAAACCAUACAAAUGCGACAUUUGUUUAAAAAUUUUCUCACGGAAAUCUAGUUUGAAUGUACAUUUGUUGAGUCACACUGGAGUAAAACCAUACAAAUGCGACAUUUGCUCAAAAACUUUUUCACAAAAAAAUAAUUUAACAACACAUAAGCGAUAUCAUACAGGGGAGAAGCCAUUUAAAUGUGACAUUUGUUUAAAACAGUUUCCAGAAAAAGUAUGUUUAACAAAACAUGUUCGUACCCACACUGGGGAAAAACCAUUCAAAUGCGACAUUUGUUUGAAAACUUUCUCACAAAAAUCUCAUUUAAAUGUCCAUUUGCUAAGUCACACCGGAGAAAAACCAUUCAAGUGCGACAUUUGUUUGAAAACUUUCUCACGGAAAAAUAAUUUCAAAAUACAUUUGCUAAGUCACACUGAGGAAAAGCCAUUCAAAUGCGACAAUUGUUCAAAAACUUUCUCACAAACACAUUACCUGAAAGUACAUUUGCUAAGUCACACCGGAGAAAAACCAUUCAAAUGCGACAUUUGUUCAAAAUCUUUCUCAAGGAAAGAUAAUUUCAAAAAACAUUUGCUAAGUCACACUACAGAAAAACCAUUCAAAUGUGACAUUUGUUUAAAAACUUUCUCAUAUAAAUCUAGUUUGAAUACUCAUAUACGUAGUCACACAGGGGAAAAACCUUUCAAAUGCGACAUUUGUUUAAAAACUCUAUCGCGGAAAUCUAGUUUGAAUGUACAUUUGCAAAGUCAUACUGGGAAAAACCUUUUUAAAUGCGAAAUUUGUUCAAAAACUUUCUCACAAAAAUCUAAUUUGAAUGUACACUUGCUAUGUCACACGGGAGAAAAACCAUUCAAAUGCGAAAUUUGUUCAAAAACUUUCUCACUAAAAUCUUAUCUUAAAGAACAUUUGUUAAGUCACACUGGAGAAAAGCCAUUCAAAUGUGACAUUUGUUUGAAAACAUUCUCAAAAAAAUAUCAUUUGAAUAGACAUUUACCGAGUCACACUGUAUAAGAACAUAUCAAAUGUGAUGUUUGUUCAGAUUUGUUUGCAUCUAAAUAUCGUUUGGUUAGGUUAAACACAUUUUCAAAUUAAAAUGAUUUUUUAAAGGAUUUAGACAUAAUUUGUUGUACCCCUAUGCCCAACCCACAUUUGAAUUUCCCAUAAUUUUGGCUUACUACGGAACCAUGCUGUCACAAUCUAAAGACCCAAGACACUGGUCAGCUCUAAGGCUCUUCAGUUUGGAGAGACAUAUCCACAACAUUUUGGUACAGGGUUUCCAGUAGAUUGUUAUUUUCUAUUAGAAUUUAAUUAUAUAAUAUAGUUUGCUGUACAUUAAAUUUAUAUUUUGUAAUAAUAAAUGAUAAAAUGACAAAAUACAUU